AUGUCCUCUAGGUUGUCAUUGAUAUCCCGCCAACUAAUCAGAAACAUGUCCUACUCCACUCGUCAGAUUGGUGCACCUAACACCCUCGAUUUCAAGGUGUACAUUGAAAAAGACGGCAAGCCCGUCUCGCCUUUCCAUGACAUCCCCCUCUACGCGGAUGAGUCCAAGCAGGUGCUCAACAUGAUUGUCGAGGUCCCCAGAUGGACCAACGCCAAGUUGGAGAUCUCCAAGGAGAUCACCCUCAACCCAAUUAUCCAAGACACGAAGAAGGGAAAGCUUCGUUUCGUGAGAAACUGUUUCCCUCACCACGGGUACAUCCACAACUACGGUGCCUUCCCCCAAACCUGGGAAGACCCUAACGUCACCCACCCAGAGACCAAGGCCAAGGGUGACAACGAUCCUUUGGAUGUUUGUGAGAUCGGUGAAGCCGUUGGUUACGUCGGUCAGGUCAAGCAGGUCAAGGUUCUUGGUGUCAUGGCCUUGCUCGACGAAGGUGAGACCGACUGGAAGGUGAUCGUCAUCGACGUUAACGACGCCCUUGCCCCCAAGCUCAACAACAUCGAGGAUGUUGAGCAGCACAUGCCCGGUUUGCUCAGAGCCACUAAUGAAUGGUUCCGUAUCUACAAGAUCCCUGAUGGAAAGCCUGAGAACCAGUUCGCCUUCUCUGGUGAAUGCAAAAACAAGAAGUACGCCGAGGAGGUUGUCACCGAGUGUGCCGAGGCCUGGAACCGUUUGAUCAGCGGAAAGGUUGACCCUAACGGAAUUGACCUCACCAGCACGACUUUGGCAUCGGUCACUUCUUUCAGCCCAUCUGUCCAGGUUCCACCUGCUUCUCCAUUGCCAGCUGCUCCUAUCGACAAGUCUGUUGACAAGUGGUUCUACAUCUCUGGUGGUUCUGCCUAA